ACAUAACCUCAAAUAGCUCAAAAUUCAAAAAAAUCUUAUCUCCCUUAUAAACAAAACAAAGGUUAAACUUUAAAUCAGAUUUCUAUCGAUAUGUUUUAUAAGAUUUAACUUAUAACUUAAGUUAUUAUUUUAUCAAUAUAGAAGAAAUAAGAAUACGCCCUCACAAGCUUGAGCCAUGGCAUACAGAAGUGUGCAAAGAAAGUUAGGGAAUAAAUUAGCUGAAGAAAUGCAACUUCUUGCCGAGGAGAAAUGGAUUUUAGACGCUCUUAAUAAGAUAAAAAAGCAGCGCAACUGCCUCCAAAUAGAAAGAUUGCAACUUGAAAGUUUAAAGGCGGAAAUAAACAGUGCUCCGGGUGAAGCAAGGACCCAAUCAAAUAAUAUCAAUGAAACGAGUCCAACGUCUGCAAAUGUGCAAAGCUCCACUUUAGACUUAAUGCAAAGCAAGAGACCCAAAUUGGACUCGGGACAAUCUACCGAAGACAUAGAACAAAAUCAUAACUAUGAAAUGGAUUGUAAUAUGGAAGAACUAGAUUUAAUAGUAUCUACUCCAGUUUUCAAAAGACCAACCGAUAUGGAUUUAUUUACUGAAGAGGAGGAUAGCGAUGAUGAUGAUGACAAUGUCGCUAUAGACAUCAAUAUGUUAAUGAAUGGUAUUGAAGAUGGAAAUCGUGGGGCGUAGUUCAAAUCUCAUUACUCCUUUGAUCGGAGAUUCUCUGAAUUCCCAUUGUAUUCUAUUGUUGUCGCGAUCACCGGUGCUCGUAUAGGGCUUGAAGGAUUAAUUAAUAUUGGAUAGCCCAUUCUGUUUGGAAAACAUGAUCCGGGCAGACUAAGUCUGACCCCAGAUAAACAGGACAAGAAAUGCAGACUUCUAAAAGUUGUCAUAAUUUUAUAUAAAGAUGUUAAAUAAAAGAUGUUAUAAUAACAAAGAAUUUUAAUAAAGUAUUAUAUACAAUCUUA